GCCGCAGCCCGGCCUUCCUCACGGCCUGCCCUGCAAUGUCAGCUCCCGGAGCGGCUCGCAGCAGAAUAUCCCGUGGUGGGUAAAUAAUCACAGGGCGCGUCGAGGCUUUACCUCUAAAUACAGCACGGACCCGGACGAAGGAAGCAUGUUUCAUCUCGUACAGCGAUGCUGCUUCCGCACGCCUCUCCAGCUCCAGAAACUGACUGGUUGCAGACUACUCCUGCAUGGAAAGAAUAAGACGAGGUGCUCCUCUCCCAGUCUCUCUCUGCAGAGAAAUGUUUGUCUUCUCUCAAGACCUCUGAGCCUCAGCAGAGCAUCAGUGUGUGCAAUCAAACUCCAGGCUUUUCACACCUCUUUCCCACUCUUAAAGAAAAAGCCUCCCCGAGAACCUUCCCUAGAGCCAGGCCUGUUGCGACAGAGUAUGAAAUCACUCAAGGAUUCUCCAAAGCCAGCCCUUUACUUAAGCCUCGCAGGGCUAAUUCCACUUGUUUCUAUGCCGCUACUAAUGGUUUUCCAAAGGACAUACCACCCAGAGCUGGCAUUCGUUCAGGUUACGUAUGGUGCUGCAAUCGUCUCUUUCAUAGGGGGAAUGAGGUGGGGAUUUGCUGUGCCAGAAAACAGCCCAGCCAAGCCAGACUGGCUGAACCUGGCCAACAGUACCGUCCUUCCUCUGCUUGCCUGGCAAGCCUUGCUUUUUAAAGAUAUCUCUAGCAGUGCAGUAAUGCUUGUACUGAGCUUAGGGAUAGCACUACACUAUGACCUUUCCCUCCUUCCUACCUAUCCCCUUUGGUUUAAAGGACUGAGGAUAGUGGUAACAGUGGUGGCAGUGUUAUCACUGUUAACUACUUUAGCUGUGAAGAUGGUUUCAGAGAAUGAGCUACUUGACAGCAGACCUGAAAGGCAGAACACAAAACAAUAGAGCAAGAGGAAAAAGCUGUUUAUUUGUUAAUAAUGUAUUUGUACUGAGGUCAUAUGGAAAUAAAGACUUAUUUGUGCUUAGAAGUCAUAAGAUGGCAUUGAUCAAGAUGCUUAUUCUUGGAGCAAGUAAGUUCAUAGUAAGUAUGGGAGGGAAGGAUUGUAAAUACUGAUCGUGUCCAAGGCAGGGCAGAAUCUGCCAUUACCUAUAGAGCAAAGCAUCAUUCUUGAGUGAGAUUAGAUGAAUUUAAAAUGGAGAUUGAUGUGAUGUGGGUAUGAAGUGCUCUGUUCUGCAUUACUGAAGUAUCUGGUUUGACUGUAAUGUGAUAACAUUCUGUGGUAGGGAGAACAAUGAUGUAGUGGUGCACGUUCUAAAUAACGUCGAGGUGAAAGCAGUAAGUUUAUCACUGAAAGAAAUAGAGAAGAAUUGUGCACCUUCAGUUCCUAUUUUGUGGAAGUGGAAAAAAAACUACCAAAAACUCUACCUUAUUUCAAAUUGAAAUAUCCAGAGCUUAAUCACAGAACUUAAAGUGGAAAGAAAGGACAGGCAAGGUUUGUGGUGGCAAACCGGUCAGAGUUCACCUGAAGUAUACCAUUAAGCUGCCAUAAGGAAGGCUGGAAGGGAGAACUUUUUAACUUCAAUGAGGUGCAACAAAAAAAAAGAUUAGCUUACUAUUCAGACUUAAAUAAAAAGGAGAGCCAGCCCCUCUGUUCCCAGAUUUUGCUUGGUCUUAGGGUUACUUAACUGAUGAAGCUGCUUGCCACACAUAAUCAUAAAGGACUGUCAUAUUCCUAAGUUAAAGUUCUGUCAAUUCCUGCUUAGUACGACACAGAUCUACUGCUAACACUGGAAGAGCAGACAGUAGAAUUGGAAGAAGUUUGUGUCUCCCCCUCCUCAACAGUAGGUUUAUUUGAGCACCGUGGGAAGGUACAAAUGCAGCUGUGACCUGCGUACUCUCCACGAGUAGCUGAUUAUUGACAGAACUUCGCCCACAAGUCAUCUUAACAUAAUUUAGAGGACAAAACAAAAGCCCAGCAUAUGGGUUUUCUUUUCUAUUCUCAGCUACCUCAAGAAGCUUAAUACAUUGUAUGUGAGCAUGUUUACUGUAGGCUUUUUAUCUUAAGUACAGUAUAAGAUGCAAGAAGAAAGACAGUGUGAUAUCCAUGUACCCUCAGGACCAAUUUGUAUGAUCCUCAUAGUACUUGUAAAGCACUAGUCUUCAUUGUUGAUUAGUAAAGAAUGAAGCACCUACCAUAACUUAAGUUUUUCUGUUCGUUCUGCAAAAAACAAUUUAGGAAACCUGCCUAAAGAUGGUGCCAUCUUCUUCUUGUAUGGUGUUGCUGAAACAACAGCUAUGUCCAUGAAUCUCAUUUUCAUACCCUAUUACCUUCCAUGUGUUAACAGCAUCACAUCCCUAAAUCAGCACUGAUGUUCUCUGAAUAUAAAAGAAAUAAAACCUUUAUUUGCAAA